AAAAGCCCAAAUUGAAACGUCCAAUUUGAUCAAAGCCCUCUUCUUCGUCGUCUUCUUCUUCGUGCCCAGCCCACAACUCUCGCAGAGGUCGCAUAGUCCCCCCACACCCUCCCCGAGCACAACCAAACCAAAACCAAAACCUGUACGCCAUAGCGAGCGAGAAAACGAAACCAAACCCUAGAAAUUAGAGAGAGGGAUAGGGAGAGAGAGACUCAGCGACGCCUUUCAUGGCUGACAUUUGUGGGGACGUGUUGCGUUCUAGGGCAAAUUCGUGUUAAUUCGUUUGGGAAUAGGGUUCGUGUUUCAAAACCCUAGGAGAGAGAAAGUGUUCCUAAUUUCGCGACUCUGGUCCCAAUUCAGCUUGUGGAGUAUUGAAUAGAUGGGAGGGAAAGUAUUGUAGAUAUUAAGGUAGGUAUGCAUGGAUGUAGUUCAGGCUCUGGCCUCCUCGUAAAUGCUGAGGUUGAUUCCAUGGGUGGAGUUGUUGACGGCGGGGUUGGUGUUGGUUUGAAAACCUCUCCACGCCGAGCAGCAAUUGAGAGGGCUCAAACAGCGCUUAGGCAGGAAUAUGAUGUUCGUGAGGAAAGAAGAAGGGAGCUUGAAUUUCUUGAGAAAGGUGGCAAUCCUUUGGACUUUAAGUUUGGGAAUGCAUCUUCGGUAAGUGUCCAGUCUACUUCGCUCACUGAUCAGCAUCCAGAACAAAUUGUGACCAGUGAAGCGAAAGGUAGUUUUGCGUUGGCUGCCUCGCCCCAUGGGGAUUCUGUUGAGAGUAGCGGUAGACCAGGGGUUCCUGCAGUUUGCGAACCCAAUAGUGCCGAUAAUCUGUUACUUUUUGAUGGUGAAAAUGAGUUACUUGAAGCUGAAAGGGGCUCUAUACAAGCUAGUCGAAGGAAUAACAUUGCUCCAUCAGAACAGUCUUCCCAGAUGGAUGGGAGUCAAAACGCCAAGGAAUCUGAAGAUUCGGCAAUUGUUCGCCCAUAUGCUCGAAGGAAUAGGUCCAGACACCCAAUCCGUGAUGGUGCUCGCGGAAGGGAUGGAAAGGGGAUGAUGUCUGAAACAAACAACACAAAGGACCAGAAUAUACCUUCUGUUUCUAAUCCAAAGUCUGCUAGUUCAAACGGUGAUAUGGUUUCUAAAAUUGUAUCUUCUGAUAAUCAGUUGGAUAAGGACUUAGACGGUGUGCAGGCUCUAGUGACUACUAGUCGUAGCCUGCCUGAAGGUAAGUUGGAUAUUAAGGCUCCUAAAAGCUUGCGGGAUAACCAAUUUGAUCAACCUUCUCAAGUCAGUUCUCAGCAAACUGCUAUUGACAUGGCUUCUGGGGUACCUGAUCUUGUUGGAGAAAGGCAUCAGGCAGUUUCAGCUGGUUUUGAGCAUCCGCCUUGUGCAACUACAAAAAAAGAUGAGAACGAAACUAGAUCUGGUCAGCUGAAUGGCUUUAGCAGCAUCAAAAUAGAUAGAAAAAGCAUACUUAAUGAAGGUCAAAAUAGCAAUGCAGCGUUAGGCACAAAGGUUUUAGAUCCAGAGUGCUCUUCCACCCAAGCUAGCCUAGGCUUAGAUGUAAAUAAUGAUAGUGACAUGUGUACUAAUACAAGGAAAGUCGUAUCUAAUGGGAACACUACGGACCAAACUUCAAAUUUUGAAGAGACAAUAAAUUUAGCAGGUGGUGAAGUGGUCAAAGAAAAGAACGAGCCCAAUGGUGUUGACAAAAAGAAUGAUACUAAGCCUAUUGACAAAACCAAUGAGACCAAAGCUGUUGAUAGUGGUCCUAUUAUUGAUGCCCACCAUGAUUCUGUUUAUCAAAACCACUCUGGCAAUGGUAGUGUGGUCGAAGUUGAGGAAGAUAUGGACAUAAAUAGAUCUGAAUUACAAAAUGAGGUAAAAUAUCCUUCCAACAUCGAGGGAGUGCAACAAAAUGAACAUACGGCAUCAGAAAAUGAAGGGAAAGUGGAUGAUGUGUUGGGUGAUAAUUCCAAUCCCAGCAAGGAAAACAUUGGCACUGGUGGACUUCAGGAACGCUUGGAUGUCUCCAACCGUGAACUUCCAGGGGCUGCUUUCUCAGGGAUGGACUCUUCUGCUGCCCCUGAACCUCAAACUUGUUCUGGUAACAGUUUAAAAUUGGCAGACAAGGCACAUGAAGAUUCUAUUCUGGAAGAGGCACGGAUUAUAGAGGCUAAGCGUAAGAGAAUCGCAGAGUUAUCUGUUCGUACUUUAUAUUUGGAGCAUCGGCGAAAAUCUCAAUGGGACUUUGUCCUUGAGGAAAUGGCAUGGUUGGCAAAUGAUUUUGCGCAGGAGCGUCUCUGGAAGAUAAAUGCUGCUGCUCAAAUAUGUCAUCGGGCUGCUUUUACUUCUCGGUUGAGAUUCUCGCAACAAAAUCAAUUUUGGGAGCAAAAAAGAGUUGCUUGCACCUUAGCAAAGGCUGUCAUGCAGUUUUGGUGUUCAGCAGAGGUGCUUCUAAAUAGGGAUGAUCCAAGUGUUGGUCAAAAGAACUGCAAUUAUAGUUUGGUUGGAUCAAGGACCGUUGAUGGGAAUGAAGUUUCUAAGGACAAGAUUGGAGAAUCUGAUAUGGUGCUGGAGCGAAGCCAAGAAUUAGGGACUCAGUAUCCCAGAAAAAAUCCUGCAAUUACUGUACUGGGAUAUGCAGUGAGAUUUUUGAAACAUAACAGCUCUGUUGGUCCUUCUCUUCAAGCGGAAGCACCAUCAACUCCUGACAGGAUAUCUGAUUUAGGAACUGUGGAAGUGUCGUGGGAGGAUCAUCUUACAGAAGAAAGCCUCUUCUAUUCCGUUCCCUCUGGUGCAAUGGAAACCUACAGAAAAUCUAUUGAGUCUCAUCUGCUACAGUCGGAGAAAACUGGGAGUAGCAUGCAAGAAGAAGUUGACACAUCAACAUAUGAUGCUGUAGCAGAUUAUGGAUACGAAGAGAAUGUGUAUGAUGAGGAUGAAGGAGAAACGAGCACGUUUUCUUUACCUGGAGCCUUCGAAGGUAACAAGUCAUCAAAAUUUGCCCAGAAGAAAAGGAUAAGCUUGAUGAGAUCAUACACUUCGAGAUCAUAUGAAGUGGGAGCUGAUAUGCCAUAUGGACACUGCACAAGUGGAACUCAACAGUCAAUGUUGAUGGGGAAAAGGCCUGCUAGUCUUAAUGUUGGUUCAAUUCCUACAAAACGCAUGCGCACUGCUACUAGGCAAAGGGUUUUGAGUCCUUUCAGUACUGGAGCAACUGGGAAUAUGCAGGCUCAAGUUAAGACAGAUGCUUCAAGUGGAGAUACUAAUUCCUGUCAGGAUGACCAGAGUACUUUGCAUAUUGGAUCCCAGAUCCAGAAAAGUGUGGAGGUUGAGUCAGUUGGGGACUUUGAAAAGCAGUUGCCAUAUGACUCUGCAGAAACAUCAAUAAAGCUUAAAAAGAAGAAGAAGGCAAAGCAUCAGGGCUCCACAUAUGACCUGGGAUGGCAGAUGGAUUCCUCCGUUCUUAAUGAACAGAGGGAUCAUUCUAAGAAGAGAAUUGAAGGUCACCAUUUUGAAUCGAAUGGAACAAGUGGUUUGUAUGGGCAACCAAAUGCCAAGAAGCCAAAGAUUAUGAAGCAAUCACUAGAUAAUACUUUUGACAGCAUUACACCUAUGAGUGGGUCCAUUCCUUCUCCUGUAGCAUCCCAAAUGAGUAAUAUGUCCAACCCGAAUAAAUUCAUUAAAUUGAUAGGUGGUCGGGAUAGGGGCCGGAAAGUUAAAGCGCUGAAGAUGUCACCUGGGCAGUCUGGUUCUGGAAGUCCAUGGUCGCUAUUCGAAGAUCAGGCACUUGUUGUCCUUGUACAUGAUAUGGGUCCUAACUGGGAGCUUGUAAGUGAUGUUAUCAACAGUACUCUGCAGUUUAAGUGUAUCUUUCGUAAGCCUAAAGAGUGCAAGGAGCGGCACAAACUUUUAAUGGACAGGAAUUCUGGGGAUGGGGCUGACAGUGCUGAAGAUUCAGGAUCGUCUCAAUCUUAUCCAUCUACAUUACCAGGAAUUCCGAAGGGCAGUGCCAGACAAUUGUUUCAACGUUUGCAGGGGCCAAUGGAAGAGGAUACUAUCAAGGCUCAUUUUGAGAAAAUAAUUAUGAUUGGGCAAAAGCAGCACUACCGGAGGAGUCAGAGUGAUAACCAGGAUCUAAAACAAAUUGGCGCAGUUCACAAUUCUCAUGCAGUUGCUGUUUCCCAAGUCUGCCCAAAUAACCUGAAUGGAGUUGUUCUAACGCCCCUUGAUCUCUGUGAUGCAACUACAUCAAGCCCGGAAGCCCUUGGUUAUCAAGGUUCUCAUGCGAGUGGUUUAGCAAUAUCAAAUCAGGGUGCUGUUGCAUCAGUACUUCCUACUUCUGGGGCAAAUUCUGCACUACAAGGAUCUUCCAGUGUGGUACUUGGCAGUAACUUGUCAUCGCCAUCUGGUCCAGUUAAUACUUCUGUCAGGGAUGGCAGAUAUAAUGUUCCAAGAACAUCAUCUUUACCAGUUGAUGAGCAGCAAAGAUUGCAACAAUACAAUCAAAUGUUAUCAGGUAGAAACAUUCAGCAGAGUAGCAUGUCUGUUCCUGGGGCUCUUUCAGGAGGUGAUCGUGGUGUACGUAUGCUUCCUGGUGGAAAUGCUAUGGGCGUGAUGUGUGGGAUGAAUAGAAGCAUGCCAAUAUCAAGGCCAGGGUUUCAAGGAAUGGCCUCAUCAUCUAUGUUGAAUUCUGGAACCAUGCAUUCUUCCAGUAUGGUGGGGAUGCCAAGCCCUGUAAAUAUGCACUCUGGGCCUGGUUCUGGUCAAGUAAACUCUAUGUUAAGACCUCGUGACCCUUUGCAUAUGAUGCGGCCUGGCCAUAACCCGGAGCAUCAAAGGCAAAUGAUGGUUCCUGAGCUUCAGAUGCAGGUCACGCAAGGGAACAGCCAAGUUAUGCCCCAUUUCAAUGGGCUGAGCUCUGCGUUUUCUAAUCAGACAACUUCACCACCUGUUCAGCCAUAUGCAGGCCACUCUCAGCAGCAACAUCAGAUGUCUCCACAGCAGUCCCAUGCUCUCAGUAGCGCUCAUCACCCUCAUAUUCAAGGCCCCAGUCAUGCUACAGGUUCUCAGCAGCAAGCCUAUAUCCGACUUGCUAAAGAAAGGCAUCUGCAGCAGCGGUAUUUGCAGCAGCAGCAACAACAGCAACAGCCACCGUUUCCAGCAUCUAAUGCUUUGAUGCCACAUGUCCAGUCACAACCACAACUUCCCAUAUCGGGUUCGCUUCAAAAUAGUUCCCAGAUUCAAUCCCAAACUUCAUCUCAGCCAGUAUCUCUGUCACCUGCGACACCGUCUUCCCCAAUGACUCCUUUAUCAUCUCAGCACCAGCAGAAACAUCAACUUCCACAACAUGGGCUCAGUCGGAAUCCUGGUGCCAGUGGGUUGACCAAUCAGAUGGGGAAGCAACGGCAACGACAGCUGCAGCAGCAGCAGCAAUUUCAACAAUCUGGCAGGCACCACCCUCAACAACGGCAACAACCACAGUCCCAGCAGCAGGCUAAACUUUUGAAGGGAAUGGGAAGAGGGAACAUGAUGGUACAACAGAACCUCCCCAUUGAUCCUUCUCAUCUUAAUGGCCUUUCUAUGCCGCCAGGAACCCAAGUGCCAGAGAAAGGAGAGCAGAUCAUGCACGUAAUGCAAGGUCAAGGUGUAUAUACUGGCUCUGGCCUAAACCCAGUUCAACCAUCUAAACCAUUGGUUCCUUCUCAAUCUUCGAACCAUUCCCAGCUGCAGCAAAAGCUACUUUCUGGUCCAGCACCCCCUUCAUCGAAGCAACUGCAGCAGAUGCCUCCUCAUUCUGAUAAUAGCACGCAAGGCCAGUCUCCACCGGUUCCUUCGGGUCAUACAUUAGCAUCUUCCCAUCAAACUAAUCCAUCAGCCAGUGUUGCUUCCAACCACCAACAGCUGCAGCUACAACCACAGCCACAACCACAGCCACACCAAAAGCAGGUUAAUCAAACUCAAUCAAGUGUUCAGAGAAUGCUCCAACAGAAUCGUCAAGUGAAUUCGGAGUUGCAGAACAAAUCUCAGACUGAUCUAGCUCAAGCUGACCAGCAGGCUGUGAAUAAUGCGUCUCAGGUGAUUUGUAGCACGGCAAUGCCUCAGGCCUGUAUUGAUUCAGCUGAUGUGGUACCUGUUGUUUCUUCUGGUACUGCUUCUCAGUGGAAGGCAUCAGAACCAGCAUAUGAUUCUAAUCUGCCUGACUUGGUGACUCAAGUGAGUUCCGUUGGGAGCCCACCAAUUCCAAAUUCAGCUGGAAGUGAGCCAUUACCACCUAUUAGUCCAGGGUUAGGCCCGAGGCAGUUAUCAGGUAGCUUUCCAUUGCAUGGACAUAAUGUUGGAGCACAGUGGCAGUCUCAGUUACCACCGCAACAAUCUCCAGCACCACCACCACCAUCCCAACAACAGCAUCAGCCACAAGAACAACAACCACCUCAACAUAUUCAGCCACAACAACAGUCUCACCAGCAAACACAGCUUCUGCAAGCAGGGCAAGGCAGUUUGUACAUGAGGCCCACUAGUUCUAAAUUGGAAUGAAGCAAUCUAGUGGGUUGAGCAUUCCAAGAGCAGUCGGCCUGCCAGGAUUGGGCCUGCAUGCCCUUGUAACAGCAGUGUACAGAUGAAGUGGGUUAUUCCUUAUUCACAUUGCAGGGCAGAAGAGAUGGUGAUCGUCAUUUGCAGGUUCUAUCAAAAAGUUAAUUGAAACAACAUUGGCUGGCAUUAUCAUCAUUUUUUUUUGGAAAAAUCUUGUAUAUUACCACUGGGUUAGAGUUUUGGGAAGAUAGAGAUAGAUAUAGAGGUAUGUGUACAGGGUUCUUAUCUCUCCUUUUCUUGUAAUUUCUUUUUUCUUUUUCCUCUCCUGGUUCCCUGCUCAUGCAGAGGGGUCCUAUUCCUUUUUGCCCCAGUAGAUUAGUGCAUGUAUUAUUACCCUUUCAGAUUAAUGGGGUAGCAAUUAUUGUUAUGGCCAAAAAGCCUUUUAAAAAUUUUGUGAAUAUAAGGUUUCUGGUGUACACAGUGGUCAGGGUGUUAAAACAAUCAUCAUUUGUCGCUGCCCGGUGCGCCUGUGGAAUUAUUGUAAUUUGUAACUAUUUUCAGUUCAUAUAAUGCCACAAGCCUUGAUAGGGCAUCCUUUUCCUGCUG